CAUUUUUUGAAAAGUGGGUCAAAUGUCUUGAACAGCUGGGAGUAACUGGUCCAUCUGACUGGACCACAGAAACACAAAUACAAUGAGAGAAAACCUACUUCAGGUAUUUUGCUUACUUGGAGUUGCCUUGGGGUUUGGCAUUGGGUUUCUGCUGAGGGCUACAACUCUUGUAACUGAAGAAUUGAAAGAGUGGAUCAAAGUACCAGGGGAAAUGCUUAUCAACAUGCUUAAGAUGUUUGCUGUAUCCCUCAUCGUGACAAGCGUGGUUGCAGGAGUAACUGGAUUAAACACCAGAGUGUCCAGGAAAACAGCUAUCAUCACAGGGACCUUCGUCUGUGGCUCUACCUCAAUAGCCGUAAUUCUCGGAAUGUUUCUGGCUCUCACAAUCAAGCCUGGUGUGACAAAAAAUGAAGAGGAUCUCAGGGACACUGACAGUAAGGAAGCGUCAACCUUCGUCUUGCACGUGAUCAUGCAGGAUCUUAUAAGGAAUAUGGUUCCAGAGAGCUUCUUUCAGGCUUUCUAUGAGCAGUACGAGACUGAGAUUAUUCAGGUUAAAACAAAACCUGGCCUCUCCCUUGAUCCAAAACUGAAUGGUACUGAGACGAAACUAGUAGGCAGGUAUGUUGAUGGACCCAACAUGAUAGGACUGGUCAUCUGGUCAUUCGCCAUCGGUAUCCUGUUAAACAGGGUGGGACAGGAGGCAAGAAUCACUGUGGAGGCCAUUCAAUGCCUCAAUGAUGCCAUAAAAAUCAUAGUCAACUGGAUUUUGUG